AUGCCAGAAAAGACUCCCCCCGUGUUGGAUAAGUAUGAUGGUUCGGCUGAUCCGGAUAAUCACUUAAGGACGUUCGGUAAUGCAAUGGCAUUUUAUACAGACAGCGACCCGGUCAUGUGUAGAGCCUUCUCGUUAUCACUUAAGGAAGAGGCAUUGGAAUGGUAUAACACUCUUCCUCCCAACACAGUGGAUUGCUUCUCUACUGUGGAAAACCUCUUUAGGAGACAAUACGCAACCAAUCGGAAACAAGAGGUAACACCGGCGGAUUUGGUAAAUACUAAGCAGGAGAAAGGAGAAACUUUGAAGGCUUUUAUGAAGAGGAAACGACAGCAAGAGGCUAAUGUGGGCGGAAGUAGAAAGGACGGCAAACGACCGUUCGACAAUAACGAUAAGAAUAGGGAGUUUCCCCGGCCAUUCAAGUUUCACCAUUAUACAACCCUCAAUGCACCUAGGGCAGAAGUUCUCGAAGAAGCCCUUAGCGCAGAACUUCUCACACCCCGAAGGAAACCAUCUCCAAGAAACGCAGAUGAAAGGAAGAGUUGCCGGUACCAUCAAAACCAUGGACAUACUACAGAAGACUGCAUCACGUUAAAAAAUGAAAUAGAAAAUCUUAUCCGGGCGGGACAUCUCCGUAGGUUUAUAAAGGAAGCAAGAUACAGCCUCCCCAAGGAAGGAUAUUCGCGAAGAAGUCCCGAGCGGGCAAAUAGGAAAGACGAGCGAGGGCGGGGCUAUAGUCGCAGUCCCAGUCGUCAUCGGGAACGGUCGGUUCGUGGAUUUAUCAACUAA